AUAAUAGAUAUUGCAUUUUUAUAUGAAAUUCCUUUACUUAUAACAAUGUGGUUAGAAGAAGAAUUUAUUGAUGAAACGAAAUUCUAAAAUAAAUAAUGUUAAUUAUAAUAAUAAACUUAAUUCAUUAAAAGUAUCAAUGUAAUAAACCACUGUGAGCGUUAACGUGAGUGCGCCACAUAAGAAAGUGACUUCUCAAACAAUAAACUUAAUUGAUUAAGGGUAUCAGAACCGCACAUCAAUCUUACCCUUGCAGAUAACUAUGAGCCAUGCCUAGGGUUUUGAGCGACAAGAAAGGCGACUGUCAGAUCUAGGUUUGACGGCGCACGUGAACGGCUUCUAAACCUUUACCCGUUGUGCAAGGAAGACUAUCGACACUUCUUGACACGGGUCCUAGGGUUUUUAAGAAGUAUAAAGCACCUUUUGACAUCUAGCGACUCUGCUAAGUUUUCGUGUCUACGGCAUCCAUACGAUUUUUGUUCUCGAAUUCUUUCGAGUGGGCUCCUCUUGUCUUUUCUCUCUAGCUGUGUGCUACGAUUUUGUCCUGUAAGAAUGGUGUCUCAAGCAAACCUAAUUCAACGUGGAGGCUCUUCGUCCGCUGCGAACCGCCGUUUGGAUCUGGAAGUAGAAGAUGAGAUCAUCCGUAUUCCAGCCUGUGAUCUGAACACAGUUGCUGAGCGUUUCAAAAGAACUCUGAUUGGUAGAGUUCUCCAUCAAGGAGGUCGCAGUGUUGAAGCUCUGAUUGCCCUACUCCCUAGGGCACGGAUCUGGAAUGUAGAAGGCAGAGUCCGUGGUGUUAACUUGGGAAACGGACGUUUUCAGUUCGACUUUGACAAGGAAGAGGAUCUGGUUAUGGUUUUAAACAAAAGGCCUUGUCAUUUCAACCACUGGAUUUUUGCUCUGGAACGAUGGGAGCCUGUUACAAGCGAUAACUUCCCAAACACGAUUCCUUUUUGGAUAAAAGUUACAGGAGUUCCUGUUCACUACUGGAACGAUGAAACUUUUGAGGAGAUUGCAAAGGCCCUGGGGAAGCGUGUAACUAUUGAUGCUACAAACGCCCGUCUUCAAGUCUCUAUUGAUGCUGAUAGGCCAUUACAGUUCGAGAGAAGGGUUGGCUUCCCAAACGGAGAUGUCGGGAAAGUCUCUCUGGAAUACGAAGGUCUUAUUAGAUACUGCUUUGCCUGUAAAAGGAUCGAUCAUGAUGUAUACUCUUGCACUGAGUGCUCACAAGAGGAACGGGAUCAGAAGAUUAAAGAGCUCAGGGAACAAAAUGAGCUGGGUUUGCAAGCUCAACAGAACCGGAACCUGGGCCUAAUACACAACCGCAACAACAAUUUAAACAACAAAAGGCCACGAUCCCCUUCUGAUGAUGGUCUUAAUAAAUCUCCAGGGCGUCCACAUUAUCCUGGAUAUGCCAGAGGUGAAAAGAGAAGGAAGGAAUCACCAAACUAUCGGUCCUCUAGAUACCAUGAGGAUCACCGAGGGUUUACCAAGAUUUCUGACCGAAGGAGGGAGGAUAAACAUGAACGUAUCCCGUCGGGAAAUACAACUGUCUGGAACCGGCUCGAGUCUCAUUCCAAGAGAAGAUCAGUGGAAGCCUUCGCAUCUCAGUAUAAGAACCAAGACAGAGUAAGAGAGUAUGAGAGAAACAGAGGUAGGGCCAAAUACCUUUCUCAUCAUUCCCGAUAUUCCCAACAAGUUUGGAGACCAAAGAGUCAGGUUAAUGAAUCCAAAAGCAACAAUCAGAACAAAUCUGUCGGGGCCUCAGAAACUCCAGCUCCUCCCUCACGUGCUUUGACUGAUUCGCAGAGGACAAUAUCAGAAGUCAGGCAGGGACGAGGAGGGAGAGAUACGCAGGGCACCGGAGUCAUGGUGGUCCAUAGGAACGAGAUGUCGGAGGAACGAGUGAGACGCAUCAAAGGGAAGGCUCCAAUGUUUACGGAAGCCUUGGAAAAAACCCCUAUGUCGGCAGCAAAGUUCUCUCCGGCCGGGCUUCUAACUAGAGAUAGAGGCGUUCUCAGAAUAAGAGACGGGGAGUCUCCUUUGUGUCCAGAGGAGACCAGGUAUGUCUCGUCCCUAGUUAGGCCUAGCACUGAACCUGAGAUAGUUAAUCUUGAUCUAGAUAGGCUCAUGGAAUCACACCACAUAGACAAUUUGGUUAUGACUAGAGAAGAUGAGGCGGAAGUUGAUAAACUAGUUGAGGAUUUUGGUGAUGUGAUUAUGGAUGAUAAUAUGAUGCAAAAUGAUGAUCUACUUGUGGAUGAGCCUGGUUUUGAUGCAGAGAAAAUAGAUGCUAUCUCACAACUAUCUCCAGCAUAUGCUGAGGACAUUGACAAACAGAGGGAAGACUAUCAAGAAGCUCAGAUGAGCGAUGCUAACCCACGGGCCAUGGAGAAAGGAGCCCUAUUACCAAGUGCAGGCAGGGACAAGAAAAUAGCCGAUGCACAUGUACCGGAUACGAAAGGAAUAAGCAAGCAGUCUAACCUAGCUGGGACUGUGUCAAAGAAGCGCAAUCCACAGAGCCCGGGGGGGGGGGGGGGGAAAGGUGUUCGCGCUUCCAAGAAACUGAGCCUCCCAAGGGGCCGCCCAUCUCCUAAAAAGCCUAAAGCGCAGGGUUCGGUGGUGUCCCAGAAACCACCCAGUAAGAAGAUAUGAACACCAUCUCUUGGAAUUGUCAAGGGGCCGGAGCCUACUUGACCAAGAAGCAUCUCCGGGAAUUGCACCGUUUUUUUGCACCUUCUUUUCUCUUUUUAUCUGAAACAGAAAACAAUCGUUCUUUUCUGCAAGAGUUUCAAGUUUCUUUUGGUUAUAAUAAAUUGUUCACCGUGGAACCGGAAGGUAGAAGCGGUGGACUAGCACUUUUUUA